UACAAAAAGAACCCGAUAUGUUUUUUUUCUGUCCAGCAGCAAACCACUAUCGGCUGUCGCUGACAUCCUUGAACCUGACAUUUUCAGUGCUUUCAAAGAAGACCAUGGAACGUUCAUCAAACGUUUCUUCGCAGAAUUUAAACUUGGGGCUGAGACUGUUACAUUGUAAUUAAGGCAUGAGAAACAUCUAAACAAAGAAUAAGGAUGAACGUCACAGAGGUGGAGGAUCAUAUUUCUAUGAAAUAUGAAAUACAAAGAAGACUUGGAAAGGGGGCAUAUGGGAUUGUAUGGAAGGCUGUGGACAGGCAGACAGGAGAAGUUGUGGCUGUUAAGAAAAUAUUUGAUGCCUUCAGGAAUAGGACUGAUGCCCAGCGGACAUUCAGAGAAAUAAUGUUUCUUCAGGAGUUUGGAGAUCAUGCCAACAUCGUCAAACUGCUGAACGUCAUCAGAGCUCAAAACGACAACGAUAUUUACCUGGUCUUUGAAUACAUGGACACCGACCUGCAUGAGGUGAUAAAGAAAGGCAACCUGCUGAAAGACAUCCAUAAACGCUAUAUCAUGCAUCAACUCCUUAAGGCCACCAAAUACAUGCACUCAGGCAAUGUCAUCCACAGAGACCAGAAGCCGUCCAAUAUUCUGCUUGACACGGAUUGCUUUGUGAAGCUGUGUGACUUCGGUUUAGCAAGAUCUCUCUACCAGAUCCAGGAGGAUGCUGGGAACCCGGCGCUGACAGAGUAUGUGGCGACGCGUUGGUAUAGACCUCCUGAGAUCCUGCUGGGCUCCUCAAGGUACACAAAGGGUGUAGACAUGUGGAGUAUAGGCUGUAUCCUAGGAGAGAUGCUGCUUGGGAAGCCCCUUUUCCCUGGAACCUCCACCAUCAACCAGAUAGAGAAAAUCAUGAGUGCAAUUCCAUACCCUAGCCCAGAGGACGUACUUUCGAUCAGAUCUGAGUAUGGUGCCUCUGUGAUUCAGAGGAUGCUACUGAGGCCCCAGGUGCCUCUAGAGGACCUUCUGCAGCCGUCGGUGCCCCCUGAUGCCCUAGACCUGGUGUGUCGCCUGCUGGUGUUCAACCCAGACAAGAGGCUGACCGCUGAGCAGGCCCUGCAGCACCUCUACGUCUCCAGAUUCCACAACCCAGACAAGGAGCCAGGUCUGGACCAUGCCGUGAUCCUGCCUGUGGAUGAUGAUGUCCAGUUGUCGGUGGUUCAGUACCGCAACAAACUGUACAAGAUGAUUCUAGAGAAGAGGACCCCAAGGAGAAUGCUCCGUAAUAUCCAGCCCAGGCCGAAGAAGAAAGAGGAGCCGGUCUCUGUGUCUGACAGUGGAGACCAUGGGAAGGAAAGGCCCAAUGGGAAGAACAAAGGCGGUCCGGAGCCAGUCCCAGUGGCUGGUGAUGGUGGAGGGGACCUUCGGGUUAAAUCCCUUCAUGAUAAGACUGAACACCAGGCUGCUCGUCCAGUUAUCAUCAUACCCACCCCAGUACCUGUGUCUACCCUGCCGGCCCUGGAGAAGACCAGCCCUGCAGCUAGCCCCGUCAUGGGAAAGACUACAUAUAAUCCCAUCACACAUGUUGCCAAUGGUUUUGUUAGAAGUCUGGCUGGACCACCUCACUAUUUUCGCUCUGGAACUGCCGGCAGGAAAUUGGAGCAACAGACGAGUGAUGAAAAUGUAACUGUACUGCCAGCAGAGGGCGCUAAUGGCAACACUGUUUCUAUGGAGCAGAUUCUGCAGCGCGGCCGCUCAGCACCUGUCAGCCACAACCGUUCCUUCUCCCUGACCCUCUCCCAUCCCCAGAACAACCCGCUGGUCCGCAGAGACGAGCCCUCUGUGUCCUCAGGGAUAUGUGUCACCUCUGCACGCCUGAACCAGCGGUCCCAGUCUCAGACACGAGAGGCACGGCCCCCUCCUCCCAGGUUCAGUAAGAAGGUUUUCCAGAGUAAAGCCAAUGUGGCGGCUGCCGGGGAUCCCCGUGCCAAACUGGGCAGCUAUUCUCAGGCCUAUGGCACCAUCAACAAGACAGAGCUGGAUAACCUUAUGAGGUGUCGACACCACCAGUAACCACCACACUAUGCUGGAUGUAUGGGACACUGUCUGACAUCAGACGGGCAAUAGACAAGGGGACAGGGAACAGGGAGAUAUAGGCUAGUGGAAUGUUUGGGGAGGAAAAUAUUAUUGCGAGACAAAAGUUACGAGUUCAGCAGUACAGAUUGGAAGUAACCAUGGAGACAUGGAAAUCCAUAGAGCAAAGGUGACAAUGAUUAAAUGCCGUCAACUUAGCCCCAUUUCCUUUGUGAAAUAAUGACUUGCUGGGAAAUGGGAACUAUAGAUCCUUAGCUUAAUGUAACUAAAUUGGCAAGGGUUUUUACAGUGAAAUGCUUUAUACUAGAGGACAGCAGAUAUACCAGUGUAAAUAUAUACAGUACCAGUCAAAAGUUUGGACACACCUACUCAUUCAAGAGUUUUUCUUUAUUUUUACUAUUUUCUACAUUGUAGAA